GCUGGGGCUCGGGAGCAGGAGUGCUGCCCGAACAACCCCGGGCAGGGAAUGACUCGCUGCUGGUGACAUCACUCCCAAAGAUACUCCCCCCUUCUCAGUGCCUGCCUUCGCAAGGCAUCUGUCCGUUUGUCCAUUUCCGUCUGCUGCUGGAGAGAGCUUAUCGCCGGCCGGGAGCAGAGUCGGGCACGAAGGAGAGACAGGACCUGGAGGACGACGGAGAGCAAAGGCAACAAGGGAAGGAGGACCCUGGCAGGAGACAAAAUGAAAUUCAGUCCAGCGCACUACUUGCUGCCUCUCCUGCCUGCGCUGGUCCUCAGCACCAGGACUAUGAAGAGCUACAAAAGCAACUGAAAGAAGUCUUUAAGGAGCGAAGCACCAUCCUACGUCAGCUGACAAAGACAUCGAGAGAACUUGAUGGCAUUAAAGUCAACCUUCAGUCUUUGAAAAAUGAAGAGAAAUCUGCCAAAACUGAUGUUCAGAAGCUUCUGGAAAUAGGUCAGAAACAAAGAGAACAAAUGAAGUCUCUCCAGGAGGCCCUGCAAAAUCAACUGAAAGAGACAUCUGAGAAGGCAGAGAAACAACAGGCCACUAUUAAUUUUUUAAAGACUGAAGUGGAAAGGAAGAGCAAAAUGAUCCGAGAUCUUCAGAAUGAGAAUAAAAGCUUGAAAAACAAACUCUUGUCAGGAAACAAGCUGUGUGGCAUCCAUGCAGAAGAGUCAAAAAAAAUCCAAGCGCAGCUGAAGGAGCUUCGUUAUGGGAAGAAGGAUUUAUUAUUUAAGGCCCAACAGCUUACUGAUUUGGAACAAAAAUUAGCUGUGGCAAGAAACACACUGGAGAAAGCAGCUCUUGACCGGGAGUCACAACUGAAAGCAAUGAAACAGACUGUACAACUCUGCCUGUCAACAGUUUUCCGUGAUCAAUCACCACCUUUGAGUUUAACCAGGUCAAAUCCAACUCAGAUGUCAAUUCCACCUGGUACAGUUGAUAUGAAGAUGCUAGAUACAAGGACAAGAAGCAAGCCUGAACAAAGCCCUCCUGGAAGCAACGAGAACACUCAAGUUGUUACAACAAAGGAAGAAAAUCUGAAUGUCCCUGAGUGCAAUCCUGAAAAUCUUUCACAGGAGGACAAGGCAUGUUCUAUGAAGCGUAAAGAAAAUCCACCAAACAACAGCACUGCAGAGCCAGAGGCUACUCCACAGAAGUUGCAAAUGUCUCCUUGUACUAAAUGUGAGGUGGAAAAAACCCAAGAAAAAAAAUUCACCAGCUUUGAAGGAAGAGCAAAGAAGGAAGAAAAAAUACUGUAGACACCAAGAAACUGUGUUUAAACAUCUAUUUGCUAUUGUCUUCAUAACCUUUUUAGACCACAGGCUUAAAAUGGAAAUACUGAAUUUUUAAAUCAUGCAACUUUUUCACAAUUUUAUGUUCUUUAUAAAUAGUCUUCAAAUUUUCCAAAAGGUUUCAGGCCAAUUUUGACCCUCAAGCAAUAACCUAAUUAGAAUGGAUAUCCACAAUCACAACUAGUCAUUGUCAUCAGUAAAUUGCCCAGUAUAAAUUGGUUUGUUUUGAACUUAAAUGGAAUAUAAGAUUUGAUUAUAAGAUUUGAUUCUGAUGAUUGAUUUGGGUAUCUGGUACUUCUAUGAUCUUAUAUUUGAAAUCAUUUGGAGGAUAAAACAUUUUGUAUCCUCAGCAUUCUUAGAAUCCAAUUUCAAUCAUAUCAUGAAGAAUUUGGUCCACAAUGGCUGAAUGGAGUCACAUUGUUCAAGGCUGGAAUCUGUGCCAAGCUGAAUAUAUUUUUUGAGAGUGACUAUUGCUGUUCUUAUUAUGUUGAACCAUGGCUAAGCAGUAGCAAGGCAAGUCUAUCAGGGAUUUAGUCAGUUCAUGUUAUUCAUUAACUAUGUAUGGUAUAAUAUGGACAAAAUAUCUAAAUGAACAACUAUAGUUCUGAUCUAACCAAUUAUAUAUUUUUUUGUAUUCUAUACACACAUCCCUAUGGUUGUCUGCUGGAAUCACUCCAACUUAGAAAUCAAGUUGUUAGAAAUGCUUGGCAUGAUUUUUGAUAUGAAAUUUGGAUAGAGGAAUGUGGGAUAGAAAGGAGGUUUCAAAAUUCAAAUUUGAAAGCAGAUAAUGUAUUUUUUAAAAAUGGGGAUAAGAUAAAAAUAAAACAGCCAUGUAGAGCCAAUGAACCCAUAUUUGUACAUCUAGAAAACAAAUGUAUUAUUAAAACAAAUCAAUGGGUAUGAUAAUCUUUGAAGUUGGGGCUCUAUAUAGAAAUAUGUCUGAUCAAAUAAAUUCACUCCUGAAUAAUCUGAACAUAGCUCACAAGUAAGAGGAAUUGACACUUGAGUAAUUAUCUGACAAAUAGGAUGACUAUAACAUCAAACUUCCAGACUCCAAUUAAUGGAUUAAAUGAUCAAUCAUAGUUUGUCUGCACUGAAUAUAUAUAGAUCAUUUGCAGAAAGCUAAUACAACUAUAGAAUUUGUAUAAUGAAUAUGCAAAGCAGCAUUGAAUUCUGGCAGGCACUGAAUUCUGGCAGGCUGUGUUAUAAAUACUUAAUUUUAUAUAUAAAUAUAUUUGAAUAUAUAUUUAUAUAUAUUUGUGAUUAGUAGAUACAAUUAAAUUCUAGGAUAUGAUGGCACACCUUUGAUCACAAAGACAUAUUCAAAGAAGUAUAGUGAUUUGGGGACAUGGCAAAUUCUCAUUGACUCUAAAUGGAAUAUUGUGAUAUAUUCAUGUAGCUGUUGUACUUACAGAUUCGUUCAGUGUCAUCAGCAUUUUUUCAUAUUACAGGCUACCUAAGAGUAAAAAGUAUUAAUUUUAUAGAUGAUCCAUAGAGUUUUCAGAUGAAGUGACCACAACAGAAAAAAGAUCAAGGUCCAAAAUUUAUGCUGAUUUCUUGCCCUAAAAAUUUAAUUCUAUCAGGAGGAAUAUGGUUAGUUUCUCAAGUCCUUUUCCUUCUAUUAUUCCCACUGUAUCCACAAAUCCUAACCAUCUCCAAAGGUUUUUGAAAGGGAAGUAGAUAAUUUCAUUUUAAUUUAGGUUUACAUUCCUCCCCUCACCCUAUGCCCCAACUUCACUCCUAGACUCUGUGGAUCUUACAGAAAGUUCAAUCAUCCAUUUCACUUUAGCAUAGUACAUUUACAAGGCAUUUUGGAACUCAAAAAGAGAAUCAGACUGAUAUUUUCUAAAAUUUUUAUAGUAUAUCAUGAUGAACAAUGAGAAUUUGGCUUAACAUUAAUCAGAUUUGAACAGCUUAUUUUUUCUAUGCUCUAAAUGCUUAUCUUAGUGUUGAUAAUAAAAUUAAGUUGCUUUUCUUAAUUAUUGCCAUCCUCAAGUCUACUCCAAAUGAAUAUAAUGUAUAUACUUUUUCUUUAAGUAUAGACAGCAUUAUGUGUCCUGUAGAGUUUACUGUGGUAUAUUCAUCGCAUUAUUGUUUCAAAACAAAAAGGAAUUUGUAGCAAAAGAGCUUUAUAAAUAUUUUUAAAGAAAUAUUCUGAGAGCUCCUUUUAAUAAUUAUGUAAUACUUUUUUUAGUAUGUCAUAUGACUUUAAUGGAUGCAUUUUAUUUCUCUCAAUCCUUUAAUUGCUUUACAAUAGUAUCAGAGAGGUUUAAAAUGCUUUACUUACACAUGUGGCUUUUGUCUAUAAGACAGGUGCCAUUUCUUAUUAUAUCUCUUAAUUAAUAGCUCUAUAAAUGGAUGGUUGUUUUUGAGGAGUUAAUCAUAGCCUAACUACCCUCAUAUGGAAGAACACAUUAGGCUGAAUGUUGAAUUUAGAUACAUAAUUCUAUUAGGUACCUGUAAUGGUAAGCAGUGGAAGAUUUCUUGUUUUGCAGAAGACAAAUUGAUUUCUAUUGAGAAACAUACUUUUUGAUGGAAUGACUUAAUAUAGGGAUUACCAAACAAUACCAAUUUAUUUCUCUCUAGUUUUUUUUUAAUACUAAUCAUGCUAUGUAUUCAUUCUAAGUUAGCAAUUUGUUUGGACUUUGUGUCUCCACUUAUAUUUAUUAACUAUGUAAAUUAAACUAGUGCCUCAAGUGUAUAAGACCUAAAUGAAUGCUGACUGUAUCUAUCCAAUGCCAACAUUCUCGGAUGAAAAGUGAAAAAAUCAGUAACUCGUCAUGAUGUUAUUUUCUGUGUAAUCUCAAAUCUCUAAACACUGAAUAUAUUAAGUGGCUAACUUUUUUUUUCAUUCAUUAAUUAUAUAUUUAGCAAUGAUGAACUGCUAGUUUGGACAUAAUUCUCUUUCAUAACAUACAUUGGAUUACAAGUCUAAGACAGUUAACAUGUGAAGGAAAUAUUUACCAUUUCAGAUUGAUAAUGUGGACAGCUGGAUUAAAAUAAUUUCUGUGAACUUCGAAUAAUGGGAUCUACUUUUAUAGCUUAGGUACUGUAAUUAGCACUAAUUGAGGCAGAGGCUGAAAUAUUACUGACGCUUUAGAGCAGGGUGAGCUGGCCAGACCUAGAGAGUGAUGCAAGCUUGCACUUGUUUACUGAGGGGGCAUUUUUAGUCAUGUGCACAGUCUAAAACGUCCCCAGACUCUUUGUUCGCAUGGAUUAUGUAGCAUAGUGUUUAUGGUCGAGUGAUGAAGGGUAAAGGAUACUGAAAGAUGGCCUAUUUUCCCUCAAUAAAGAUUUGCUACCAAAACUACAAUGUAUAUUACUCUACAUAAACUAAUCGAAAAAACAAAUAUUAACACUAUAAAUAGUGCUUGCUUCUGGGUAUCGCAAUGUAAGAACUUUUUAAAGAUGUCAUCCAGGAAGUUUCUUCAAUCUCUCUUCACCAGUGUCCCGAAAAUCUUUUAUUUUAUUUGGAGUGUUUUUUUUAAAAUAGAGUUCCAUGAUGGCAGAAGUUUUUGUCUUUUUUUUUUUUGCAAAUGAAUCUCAAAUGCUUAGAACUAGCUGCCUCAUAGAAAGUACUCCAAUAUUUGCUGAAUGAAUUAAUUCAGAACCCGAAGCUGCAAGGGAAGAAGGAAAGGAGGCAGAAAGGGAGCCUCCUUUAGUAGAACUGUUACCAUAAAACCACGUGGGGUUCUGCUGCCUGCUGCCCAUGAAUUCUGGAAGCAAAUGUUUGGUGAAAAAAGAAAGGAGUCUUUAAUUUAAAAGCUACACAAUUUUGAAAGAAUAACAGGUUUCUGCCUCAAAGCCAAUUCCCUUUAACAUGCCCUAAGGAAAAUAGCCCCUCCAGGUUUUGCCACAUCAGUUCAAGGUCACUUCUCCUAUUUAAAAACAAAACAAAACAAACAAACAAACAAACAAACAAACAAACAAAAACAUCCUUUGGGAUACACAGGCAGCUUAGCUGGUUCCCAGUCCCAGUCUGGCUUCAGGCAUCUUUUGGAGUCCCUGUGCAUUGGUGUCCUAUUCAUUGCAUUCUCAUUGUGUUCGCCCUUUCCUCUGGUCAGGGCCCUCUGGCAGGGCUUUUGCCUUGUCCCCGUAGCUACCCUCUCGCCAGCGCUUCCAUAUGCCUGGCUGAGCAGGGCCACUCAGCACAGUCCCAGUCAGCAGUGCUGCCGCCCUUUCUCUCACAGGAAGAGGCAUGGAGCUUGUCGCCUGGCCACGUGGUCUUCAGAGACCCCUGGCCCAGGAAUGCUCUCUUCCCAGACCCCCGACCUCGCUAGCAAGGGGAAAGGAAAAGGGGCGAGUUUCUACAUGCCCUCCAUUUAAAAAUUCUGCCCCCAAAUCCUAUGUACUGCAAAUGCCAGUUGAAGGGUCCUUUCCCUGUAUGUGCUCUCCCCUGCCCCUGCGGGGAAGAUAUAUAAAUACUAUCUUUUAGGGUUUUGUGGUGUUCGUUUGUUUUUUUUUUAGUUUUUUUCCCCCUUUGUCUUUUCUUCUGAAAGGUCGAUGUAUGGACCUGAAACUGUGACUUAAAGCCGAGAGGAUAUAACAGUGCUUGAAGAAUUUGGGGACACGGCGCAAUGUAACAGACAUAAUUCAUAAGGCAUGUAUGUGUCAUUAAUUGGAAUCAAGACUUGAUAUUCACCUGGACUUCCACAGGUCACUUAAUUUCUUCUAUUAUUAGCUUCUAAGUUUUUGGGCCUUAUGUAGUUGGACUUGAAUCAGAGAUUUUCCCCUCUGUUCUCCUGAGCCCUGAAUUUUUAGCAGAGACAACUUAAGGACUGUUGAGGAUGUAAAUGAACAUGUACAGCAUGGGGAUUUGGACUCCAUGAACACUCACCUUUAAUGGGAGUAUCUAUUAUUUUCUUUAAAUGUAUUUGUCAAUUACAGUUUACAUUCAAUCAUCUUCUAUAUCAGCUUCAGAGGCACUACUGCAAAGUGGCUAGAAAACCAUGUUUUCUCCAGCGGUCACUUUGUUGCUUCAGGUUCACACUUGGCCCCAUACUUAUUUGUCUUGGUAUUAUUGACUGUAUUCCCUAUGCUGUAAUCCACAUGCCUGUGGCUAUCCUGAAACUACCAAUUUAUGCUGCUGAAUCCUUUCACUUUUCAUCCCCCCCACCCCUCCCCUCUGACAGCUGUCAGUCUCUUCUAGAGCAUCUGUUCUUUUUUAUAAUCUAUCUGUUGGGCUUACAUAUUCUGCAUAUACUUCCAAUGGGAAAAGGCAGCCCAAAGUCCAAUUUCAAAGUGAUUUGAAUGUCACCGAAUAAGAUGAUUUCUAUGAUCCCUUCUCCCCAUUUGUUUAUUUGUUCAAAUGAAUGGCCAGCUGUCCAGCCAUUCCACUUUUCCACUGAGGAUACAAAAGGAAGCAAAAGUAUUAAUUAUGAAUAUCAAUAUGCAAUAUUGCAAUUAAUAUGUGCCAGUCACUGUUUUUGAUAAGAUGAACAGAUUAAGCAAAGAAAAAGAACACAUUGACACAGAGAACAUACGGUGAUUAUGAGAGGGAAAGGAGGUUGGCAGGAGGUAGGAUAGGGUAAAGAGAGUAAAUGGAGACAAAGGAGACUAGACAUCAGGUGGUGAACACAGAAUACAAUACACAGAUGAUAUAUUUUAGAAUUGUACACUUGAAACCUAUAUAAUUUUAUUAACCAAUGUCACCCCAAUAAAUUCAAUAAAAAGAUUUGUUAAAUAUUCUCAGGGUUACUUGAGACAUUAAAAUUAUCUUAUUUGACAGAUGAGGACAUCGAGGUAGAAAAUAUUAAUGAAUUGCCAAGAUCACACAGCUAAUAGGAGGAAAAGGAAGGGUAUAAAUCUGAAAAAUGAGUUGCUGGAAUCUGUGUGCUUUACCAGUUCACCACACUGCCUCUCCUGCAGAGGCCACAGUCCUGCAUUUAUGGAACUUACAGUUCAGAAAAAAAGGCAGCAUUAAUAAAGGAAUCACACAGAUAAAUGCAUGACUGUUGCAAAGAAAGACCGUGGUUCUCUUUACAGUAUAUUACUGCAUACCGUGCAGGGGGCAGGGGAGGCGGAUGGAAUGUGAAGACAACUUGGCUUGUAGGAUCUUCACUCAGAAAAUAAUAUUAAACUAAGAUUAAUGGAUACAUACUAUUUGGUAUGGGUGUUCAGACUUCAAAAAUUGUAGGCAUUAUUCUAGCUGUUUUUAUAAACAUUUGUGUUUUCUGAUGUUGAUGAGCAUUUUAAUUUGUAGAUUCAUACGUUUAGUAGGUGAUUACCCUCAUAUGUUUACAUCUGUAUGUGCAUGCCUACAUGUGUUAAUAUACAUGUGUUCAUGGAUAUUAAUUCAGCAAAAAAUUCAUAUACCAGUUGAAUGCUUAUUUUUCUCCCCUCAUUCCAUUCCUAUUCACACGUUUCAUGCUAUUUUAACACAGGGAUUAUGAGCACAGUAGAUAACUGUAUGUAUAGCUAUGUGAAUGUCCAAUGCAAUGAAUACGCAGUGCUAAUAAUUAUAGGAUUCACGCUGACUGCUCUAGCACAGGUGCACUGCUAGAGAAAGAGGACUGAAUUCAUGAGAUUAGGGAAAGAGAUGUAUUUUACUUAUCUCAAACUGUAAUGAGAGAAUGAAUGAUAUUAUACAGGAGUUUGCUGAAGAAGGUUGCAGAUGUAGAUUACUUUGCAAUUACUACACUUUUGAAAACCAGUGGCUGGUUUAAGGAGGAAAUACUUCACUUAGGCUUUGUCUUUCUCUUUUUCUUUUUAAAUAAAAUGAUGCAUUAUA